ACGGUAGUGUUUAUAUUUGUAUUCAAGGGCGGACGUUUGAAGAAUUUUGGAUGCUUCUGAGUCGAAGCUGUAAAAUUGGCCCGUCGGUAACAGUGGCUAUUUUGUUCUCCUUGUUUAAUACACUGAUUAUUAUUGUGUAUUUAGGUCCACUUCAUAACAAAGAUGGCAGUUUAAAUCCCGGUACUUUGCCUUGCCCUUCUUCAAACUUGAUGAGUCAUGGAGAAGGUGAACAACAAGUAUUGGUGGUGAAUCACAAUGAGUUAGACUCAUUUGAAAAUGAAUUCAAGGAAAAUAAUUUCAACAACAACCGCACAGAGAAGACAUUGUUUAAGCUAAGUGAUAAAGCAAACUCGUUAAAACGUAGAAACAAUCUUCAACAUGCUAAAGACAAAUUAAAGUUUAAUGCCAAUCUAAUGAAAAUGAUUGGGCACAGUCCAGCCGAACCUGUUGACAUUGUUAUUGGCAUUCCGACGGUAAAGAGACAAUCAGAGGAAUAUCUUACUUCAACUUUGCGUCAAUUAGUAAAUUUUCUAAAUACGGACGAAAGGAAGCGAUGUCAUAUCGUAGUGUUUACUGCAAACUUCGAUGGCGAUGGCAACGAAAGAACGGCCGAGUUUAUAAAUCAACAGUUCGCGAAUGAAGUUGAAUUGGGUUUAAUACAAGUCAUCAAACCAGACAAGUCGUUUUAUCCAACAUUAAAGGAUCUGCCUUUGCUAUGGAAAGAUAAACCAGAUCGGGUGUUUUGGCGUUCAAAGCAAUGCAUCGAUUAUGCCCUUUUGUUUCUUUAUUGUCGAAAUCUAGGAAAGUACUACCUCCAAUUAGAAGAUGAUGUUUCCAUAUCUCCAUCUUAUUUCAGGGAAAUGAAAAAUUUCAUUGUUGCUCGCGGUUCUACGCGCUGGUCAACUUUACAGUUUGGUCCGGGUGGCUUUAUCGGCAUGCUUUUUAGAACAGUUGACCUGGAUCGACUGGCGCUAUUUGUAAAAAUGUAUUAUUGGGUCUUUCCUGUUGAUCUUCUUUUCCGACAUUUUAACGACAUUCAUUUGUUUGGAAAUAGUCCCCGUGAUGUGUAUAGUCCCCCUUGUUUCAUACAUCUUGGAAAACAGUCUUCUCUAAAAGGCCAAACUCGUAAGGUCGACGAUGAUAUCAGAAAAAUGAUGAAAUCAAGGCCAAUCAUAAGACGAUAUACUAAUGCAGAAAAUCCUAGUGCGUUCCUCUCUACAAGUAUUCGAACCGUUGAACAAAAUACGAUAGAUCGACCAUAUAGGAAAUUGAACGUCGGAUAUUUUUGGGGUAGUAAUGUCAAUCUUAAUGAUUUCAUCUUACUGGACUUUGUGAAAAAAGUGCGCCUGGCUCGAGUGAUCUUCGAUAGCGGAGCCUCGUUUGCCCCGAUCGACAUUUUAGCAGAUGCAAAGCUAGAAACUGCUCACUCAGCGGUGACGGAUGGCUGCUUAGCUGAAGAAUCCAUUUUGUUACCAAGAUCCAUCGCGAAUGGAAUUGUGGAUUCUGGCUGGUUGAAAAAUGUAGAGUAUUCAGUGAAAUGUAUCAAAAUGACGAUAACAAAACUGAAUUUGGAUGAACGUGGUAAGCCAACAUGGUUGCUGAUAAAAGAGAUCGCGGUUUGGACGAAAUGAUUUUGAUGGAAUUAAUCAUUAAUUGUGAUUAUUUAUGUUUUUUUACUAUUUGAAAUGUGUAUGUUAUUAAAAUGGGCUGUUUUUUGAUUUUCAGUUGCUUGAAACAGGCAGUGGCCUAGGAAACUCGUUAAUUGUGAGGGCACAAAUCUGUUGAAAACAAUGGAUUUCAUAGAAACGUAAUGCGGCAGAACAUGAAUAUAUGAAUACCCCAAUUAACAAUUUUACUACGCCACUGGAAACAGGUGGGAAACUUUGUGUCUGUGAUUUCUUGAUUUUCUUCUCAAACUUAAGUAAACAGUGAGAAACACGCUUCAAAUGAAGAGGAUUACCAACCAGGUGUCUCUAUUGGGAAUUGAACAAACUAAUUUCAUAAAUGCGAUCCCAUUGUAAAUCCUGGGGCUGUUUCUCCGAUAGUUAUUUGUCCCGGUCGUAGACUACCCGGUUGCUCAUGCCAAAGCACGCAAAGACAUGUGGGAUGUCCUCUCUCAUGUCUUCCAUUCCAACUUUGAGAUUUGUAAAGAUUGAAAACUGAAGAAUAUUUUAGUAAAAAAUGCGAGAUAAGUGGAAGAAGAAACGUAUGCGAAGGUUGAAGCGAAAGCGCAGAAAAAUGCGAGCCAGGUCAAAGUAGAGUGGAUGCAAAAGACUUGGAAAAUUUGAUGAAAAUUGAAAAGAGUGUCAUUGUGUGAUGAAGUCCAUCCUGAGUGAUGUUAUGUUGUGACUGAUUUUAAUAGACAUUUUCAAUUUAAUAUUUUGAAUCAUUCCAUGUCAAAUUGUAAUAUUGUUUCCUUAAAAGUUUUAAAAUUUC